AUGUUGUCAGCAGUACCUGCGUUAUUCGAAAACUCCCAAAAUUGGUUCAACAAAAAUAGAGAUGUGCGCAGUAUGCAUCUUCCGUUAGCCGACUCACCCCUUACCGUAUUGGGAAUCAUUGCAGUAUAUCUAUACUUCGUACUAAUAUACGGCCCACGACGCAUGAACAAAAAAAAGGCUUAUGAUCUAUUAAACAUAAUCCAAGCAUACAACAUGAUUCAAAUGCUAGCUAAUGGUGCGGUUUUUAUAAAAAUUUGCUACAAUGUGUUCAUAGUAUACGAUCGUUUUUCGUUCCGCUGUCAGUCGAUCGAUUUCUCGACAUCAACCGCUGGAUUGGACGAAGUCUACAUAAGUUACGCUUACUUUCUUCUUAAAAUUUUCGACUUGAUCGACACAGCAUUCUUUGUAUUGCGAAAGAAACAAUCACACGUAUCCUUUUUACACGUUUAUCACCAUUCAGUAAUGGUUGUAACUGCGUAUUGCGGGCUCGUUUUUGUACCAGGUGGGCACGCGCUGAUGUUGGGCUUGUGGAACACAUUAGUCCACACGGUAAUGUACUUUUACUACUUCCUAGCGUCGCUGGGAUCGACGAACAUAUGGUGGAAGAACUAUCUAACCCGAUUGCAGCUUGUGCAAUUCGUUUACUUGGCGAUUCACUUUGGGCAGCCGCUGGUGAGCGGCAAUUGUGAAUUUCCAACGUUUUGGCUCUGCUACGGAUUACUGCAGGCCAUCUUCGUACUGGUACUAUUUUUAAAAUUCUACGUACAGACCUACCACAAUAAUCAGAAAAAACAUAAAUAA